AUGACCACUAAACAAGAUUCUAUCAUUUCAUCUCAAUCAGCGACAUCAAGUCUUCAAGAUACUUCUACGAAUGCAUCAUUUAUAUCAUCGAUAUGUUGCAAUUCAAUUACAUCAAUAAAUCUACCUUCUAUAAUAGGAAGAACAACAGCAGCUAUGGUUCCAUCAUUCGCAUUACCGGAAGUUGAUUUAGUCAUAUAUGAGAAAGUCAACGACUUAUGGUUAAGAACGAACACUAUCAAUAGUCAAAGUGGUUAUAAUCCAAAUAAACCAAUGAUUCCAAACAAUGAACAUGAUUCUAAUAUUGACAAAAUGUUAUCUAAUGCAAUCGUAAAAACAGACCAAUCAUUAGUACAACUUAGUGCAACAAACAUGAUUACAACUCAAAAUGCACCAAUAUCAAACCAUGAACAAAAUGAUAUAGCAACAACAAGAGCAGCAAAUGAAGGAAGACAACAACAGCAACGAUUACAGCCAUGGCAACAGACAGGACAUCAUCAACCACGACGACAGGCAUUGCAACAAGGUCAAGAACAGCAACAACGACAACAUCAGCGCCAACUGCAAAGUCAUCAGCAAAAUCAACAGCAACAGCAACAGCAACAGCGACAGCAACAGCGACGACGACGACGCUAUGAACAGUGGCAAGAACGAGUGUUCCAACGACACAUGGAACGAGAACAUGAAAGAGAACAACGACAAUAUGCCGACCAAUGGCUUCAUCCAGAUUUAUAUGAUGUACUUAUGAUGGAAGAAAUUCAAGAUGCAUUACUAGAUGCCUAUGAUUACGAAAAAAUGGAUGAACCCUACAAAUGGGAACAAGAACAAAUACAUAAAUUUGAACAACAAGCUGCUAUUGCACAACAAGCUGCUAUAUAA